UUUUCGCCUAUCUCUCUCCAGUAGACAGUCGCAGUGCACGAGGUAAACAGUGCGUGAUACCCGAAAUUACUCAAUUCCUUAAAGACGCGCUUUUGCGAAUGCGGUAAAGGUCAAGAUCGCAGACACUUUUACACCGAGUGCUAAAAUUUCUAUGUGCGAUAGAGAACGUUGCCGUUAUGUUUUUCGAUCGCUGCAAAGGUCGUCGUCAGAGUAAACGGUAGGCGCGCAAACCUAUUAUUAUUGGUGAAUUUAUAGUAUAUAGUGCGACGAGAGAGUAGAUCCAUUUUUGGAUUUGACACACAAGCACACGACAGUGCGCUCGGUCUAACGAGACUCGCGAGCAUCGUCCAUCGCCAUGACCGACUCCAAGAUGGCUUCCAUUGAUUUAGAUGAAAAAAUCAAUCGUAUGAGAUUGAAAAAUGAAGAAAUCAAGAGGAGAUACGAGGAAGUUGAAGCAGACAAAAAAAGGGCAGCUAAAGCAAAUGCUUUGGUUAAUUUAGUACCAUCUAAAGAUUGGCCUAUAAGAAGAGAGCCCCCUGAAUUUUCUGAAUCUCAUGAUGCUUCAACGAAGCUACCAUAUCAUGGCAGAGAUACUGUGAGGCCGCUAUACCCAAGCGUACAAGAUAGGCUUCAGCGCAAUGCUAAGUAUGGCCAGGGCGAUGGACCUCCUCCAGAUCCAAAGUAUAACUUUUUAGCUGAUACUGAAAGAGAAACACAACUAAUCAGUUUUGAAAAUAAAAUUGAUGAAGACAAAAAUACAUUUAUUAAUAAGGCCCAGCGAGGAGUGCCACAAAAAAGAGAACGAGGCCCUGCUGCAUCAACCAGAAGUGGCGGGAAUAGUCAAUCACACUUCAAAGAUGGCAGGACAACAAAUGUUUUUCACAGUAGAGAUGAUCGGCCAGAUUAUGAAGCUUGGAGAGCUGAAAGAAACAAAAUUGAUGAAGCUAGAAUCAAUAGGCAAAAAACCGCUGAAGGGAAUUGGAGAAGAGAAUGGGAUAAUGAAAAGUCCAAUGUAGAGAAAGAAUUCACAAAAAAAGUAGAGUAUAACAGAAAUAACUCUAAUACAUAUGAAAGAAAAAAUAAUUAUCACGAUGGUGAUUAUUCUCACAAAGGAUAUGGUGGAAGUCGCGUUUUUCAUGGUUCACAAAGAUCAUCUGAACACCAGGAUUACAAUCGUCGAUCACAAGCAAAUAAUGAAUUCAGAAGAACCACCUCUGAUAGGAAAGAUACAAAGAAUGAAUGGUCUGAUGAUUCCAGUCAAGGAUCACAGUGCAAGGGGUCAUUAAUGAGUGUAAAAGUGAAUGCUCCAAGUAUUGCUGGAACUGGAAGAGUUGGACCAAGGCAAAAGUCAAGAGUUACUUAUAGUAGUCAACAGGAUGCUGAUGCAAGUUUUGAAACAAACAGUUACUCAAAACCUAAAUCUUUUGAUUAUAGAAACGGAAGAGAAUUUGGAAAUCCUAAUAAAGUAGAAUUAAGAUCAACUGAAUUCACAUCAAGUUUAAAAAAUACAUCAACAGCAUUGCCUCAAAAAGUAGAAACAGAUCAAAAAGAAUUUAGAAAACACACUUACUCUCAGCAGAGACCUAGGCCUAUAAGGAAUUUAAACUCUGAAAAAAUUGACAGUCUUGAUCUCUCAGAAAAUAAAAUUUCAAUCCAAAAAGGUCAAUUAAAUGUCACUCAGAAUGUUAAUGAUGAUUGGGACGUAGAAAUGAAUCCAAAGUCAUCUGAAAGUAUUGAAAUGCCUGUUGGUCUGAUCAUAUCUAAUUCUAAUCUUAAAAAAGAAGAUACAACACCUCAUCUAGACAUUGAUACCAUUAGCAAAACCAUGAUUUUUGAAAAUAAUUCUGUACCUUCCAUGAAUUCAAGUGAAAUCUUGGUAAAUAACUCGAAUGUUAAUGUCGAUAAAAAUCUUCAUAUUCAGCAACUUGUCAUGGACAAUGAGAAUUCAUUAAAUACUUUUGAAACAAUUGCGACUUUUGAAGAUAAAUCUGUGAAAAUUCCAGACAAUAUUGGUAUUUUAGAACUUCAACCUGCAGACAUUUCUGAAAUCAUUAGAUAUCAUCAAAAUACUUUUGAAACCAUUGAAACCGUUGCAGUUAAAUCUGAUGAAAUCGUUGACUCUGUUCUGCCUUAUGAAAAUGAAUCUAUUAAAACUGUUAACGCUGUUGAAACUUUUGAAGUUAAACCUGCAGACAAUUCAAAACCCUUUGGAACAUUUAGAGUUGAACCUACAGAAAUUUCUGAAAGAAUUGAAACUUUUGAUGUUAAAACUACACAAAAAUCUGAAAACAUUGAAACUUUUGAUGUCAAGUCUGAAGAAGUUGCUGAUUCUGUUGAACCUUUAUUAGAUUGUUCUGUAAAAAUUGCUGAUACUAUUAGAAAUUUUGAAGUUGAACCUACAGAAAUUUCUGGAACCAUUGAAACAUUUGAAGUUCAAUCUGUUGAUAUCGCUAAAACUGUUGAAUCUUCUGAAGAUACAUCUGUAGAAACUGCUGACACUGUUGGAAUUUUUAAAAAUGAAUCUGAAGAAUUGUCUCAACAAAUUUUGCAGAGUCAGGAAAAUUUAUUAAAAAAUUUAGUUGAUAAAUUAGCUGAAAUUCCAUUACCAAGUAUAGACACUAACCAAUUGGAAAAUGAUUUAAUGAGACAUGAUGAGUUAUUCAAUAAAAAUUCAGAAGAAAAAGUCAUAACUGACAAUUUUGAAGAUGAUAAAAUAAAAGUUAAUGUGAAUCUGUUACUUAUUGAUGAUGAUGGCCAAUUAGAAACUCCGAUUAUUCCUCAGAGUUCUGAAUUAAAAGAAAACAUUACCUCUGAAGAUUCUUGCGUAGAUAAUCAAAAUCUAGAUGCUCCAGAGAUUUCAAAAGAUACAGAAGAAAAUGUUUUGAUAAGCCUACAAAGUGAAAGUCAUGAACAUAAUAUUGAUGAUUUGGACUAUGAAGCAAUCGUAACUGAAGAUAUGGAUGUGAAUCUAUUACUUAUUGAUGAUGAUAAUGGCCAAUUAGAGACUCCGAUUAUUCCUCAGAAUUCGACAUUAAUAGAAAACAUUACCUCUGAAGAUUCUUCCAUGGAUAAUCAAAAUCUAGAUGCUUCUAAGACUUUAAAAGUUACAGAAGAAAAUGCUUUGAUAAGCAAAGAAAGUGACAGCCAUCAACAUGGUAGUGGUGAUUUGGACAAUGAAGCAAUCAUAACUGAAGAUAUAGACUGUGAAGAUCAAUCUUUUGUGGAUGCUGAUGAAGAUUUUGUUGACGCCAUUGAUGAAACAUAUGAUUUUGAAAAUUCCAACACUGAUGUAUUCGAUUCUCCACAAAAAUCUUUUUAUGACGCCAAUAGUACGUCAGAAAAAAUUAAUGCAGCAGAUGAACUUGAAUCAUCUAAUAAUCAAACUUUCGAUGAAUUCUCAUCAGAGUUUAAAGAAACAAUUGAAAUAACCAAAGAACCAAAUGAUAAGAUUGAUACAAUCUGUGAUAAUUCUAGUGCUACAAUCAACGAACCUCCUACAACAGCCCUAAAAGAUAUUCUUGAUAUUAUUUGUGAUGAACAAACAAUUUCUGACCUAGAUAAUACUUUUAAUGAAAUUCGAAAUUUAGGAUCAAAUUUAAAUGAUAAAAAUGCUGUAAAAUUACAGCUAGAUGAAUUAGUUAAAGUAUCAGAAAACAUUGUUUCAAGUAUAGCAGAAGAAAAAGUAUUUUUGAAUGAAACACAAGAAAAUCCUUCAAUAAAAUUGGACGAAAAUUUUGUUUCAGUUCAAGCAGAAAAUAAUGUAGCUACAAGUUUAGUUUUGACUGGAACAGAAGAUAACGUUGCUUCAAUUAAAGCAGAAGAAAAUAUUACCUCGCUUGAAGUAAAAGAAAAUGUUUUAGUUGAAUCUAAAGAAGAAUUUUUUAUUGAAACAAAAGAUAUUAUCAGUCCUAUUGAAGUGGGAGAAAAUAUACCUUCAAUAGAAGUUAAAAAAAGCAUAGCUUCACUCAAAUUAAAUGAAAAUAUUAAUGCUGAAUUAGACAAAGAUGUUCUAUCAGAUCGAUACCAAGAAAAAGUUCCGAUUGAAACGGAAAAGAAUGUUCCGAUCGAAAAUAAAAAUAUUCCAAUUGAAGCGGAAGUUUCUUCCACUGAGUUAGAAGAAAAUAAUUCAAUUGAAAAAAUUGAAGGUAACUAGCCAUAAAAAUAUUAAAAUCAUUUAUUCUCAAUAU